AUGAUGAGUGGAGCCGCCUCAGCGACCACCAGCACGCCCAGUGCCUCAGAUUUGGUGCGUCAUGCUACGGAAAUUCGUGCCAUCCUCAACAAUGACUCCAACUUCAACACAAACGGCCACUCUCUCAGCUACGAGGACGGCAGCGCCAGGAGAUUCGUGUCGCCGUCCACCGCGACCCUAACUACCGCAAGUUCCAGCUCGCCGAUAACUGUCCUCCUCACUGGCGAAAAUCCCGAGGAAGAUGAUGAGGCGGGUCCGCGACGCAUCAAUUCAACGGCCGCAGUCGAAACUCGACCGCAUAGCUCACCCAUAUAUCCCCUCUCCCGAAUUUCCCAAGCAUGUCGACAUAGCCGACCGCAACAGGACACCUCGGCAAAACCCCUUCUCAAACACUUCAAGACAACCCUGUGGAUUGACCGAGUGUUGUUUGUUCUAGGAGUGAUUUUGCCACUCAUAGUGGGCACCUGCUUUUUCCUCGUGCACUCCUUCACAAAUUUUGCCAGCUGUCGACCGGUAUCGGCAACAGCAAGCUCCCCCAACAAGUUUGUCAAUCAGAUAUGCCGAGCAAAACUGAUUCAAGUAGUGCUACAGGGUGCAAAGGAUUCCGAUAAUGAGGGAAGGGUUGCAGGGAGUCUGCAACACGAGUGCUUUCCCAUUAUUCUGAUUCUAGUGGCCAUCCUCAAUUGGAUACCACACUUUUGCUGGAGAAGGGCCGUUCGGCAGCACCUGUACCGGGACACGUGUCUGGUAGCCUCCGAGAUGCGAGGAUUUCGAAAAACUGCUCAAAGAGAACUGGUAGCUAUUGCUUCGUCGAUCAACUCCGUGCCGUUUGCCUCCUCCUUCAUGCCGUUUGUUCGGGAAAUGCGCUUCAAGAAUUCACCGCGUCCAACACCUAUUCAACGAGGCGGCGGCGAUGACACGACAAUCACAGAACCACUGGGCUCAUUUCAACUUCCCAAACCCGAAAACACUGUCUCCCCUGGCGACACAGGCUACGAAUCCGAAAUGGACUUACCGUCGGCUGCAGUCAUGCAUCUGCCGCGACUUCGUGUGAGUCGCGACGACCAUGCGUUAAACCUUUUUCUUGCCGGGUGGCAAAACACCGAUUACUACGUCCGACGUUUCAUUGCCAAGCACGCAGUACUGGGUCUUUUUAACGGAACUGCCUUGUGUCUGGUUGCCGGGGUGUGCGCCAUCACCCAGGGGGUGCCGUUUGCAGGGAGCUUUUAUUGUCACCCAACGGAGAAAUCCAACACCCUUUAUAUCUGCCUUGCCUCGACAACAUUUGCACUCAACAUGGCCGCCUUCUGCCUUGGUUCAUUGGCGGUGACUGGAUUAAUCUGUUCCGCUGUCUUUUUCCACCGAAAUUUCGCUCAUUGUCGGGUGUAUCCUGAGUCAACUUUGGCCUGUGGCACCAAAUUUGACUUUCAGGCCGAUCUUGCUGCCAGUCUAGUUAGUCGGCGCAACGAGAACUUCUUUUCUGAUUACAUUCGUAUACAGGCUUUGGCUCGAAUGCAGCAGCGGGGGUCGUUAUUUAUAGCCCGACGGGAAGUCUUCAAUCUUCGCUUGUCGUUUAUCCCCGGUCUGACGCAGACUGAUUUCCACUUUCUUAAUCUUAUUUGCACGGAAAAUGUUAGCCUCUUUCCGGAUGCUGUGCAGCUCCACGCUGGGGCCUCACGGAUGCGGACGGAGUAUGUUGACUGCGAAUAA